AUGUUGUCUCAACCCAACCUGAUUUCUGUGGAACCCAGCAUUUCUCACAGUGUUAAUUCCAACCCGUUUUUUAACUUCUCCAUCAGGCAUCCCGUCACGACCAGAUUUGAAGAAGUACUCAUCAACUUUUCAGGCAUUACGAUGUCUCCGCAAGGCAAUUUCAGCAGCAACCAAUCCUGCAUGAUCCACGAUGGCAUGCUGUCUCCGUCUUUACCCAUCGGCUACAUCAUCAUCUGCUGUGUGGGUCUGCUCUGCAACACCAUAACGCUCUACAUCUUCUUCCUACGCCGGCACAUUGAAUCCUCCAUGGCGGUAUACAUGCAACAUCUAGCGCUGGCGGAUACCCUGCUAGUGCUGUGUUUACCCCUGCGCGUCUAUUACCACAACACAGCAGGACCGUUUAGCGUCUGCAAGGCGGUGGGCGUCUUAUUCUACAUCAACAUGUACUCCAGCAUCCUCUUCCUCACUCUCAUCAGCCUGGACCGCUACCUGAAAAUCAUCAAACCCGUGUGGGUUUUCAGCAUCCAGAAGAAAAGCUGGAGCCGAAAAGCAAGCUACGGUGUUUGGGUGUUGCUAAUUUUAGGAAUGAUCCCGUUUUUGAUCGGCAGUGGACAGAAGCACGCUUGCGAUAAUAUUUGCUUUCACUUCCACAGCAAGGGGAUUGUCGCCGGAGGAGUGAAUAUAUCAACAGUCGUCAUCUUCAUCGUCUUCUACAUCGUGUUUAUUAGUUUCUACAUCAAGAUCAUUCACAAACUCAAGGGUAUGUCAUUGGGGAACGGCGAUCUGAAGGCUAAAAAGCGAGUGAUGAUCAAGACUUUUUUGGUUCCGGCUAUAUUCACUGUGUGUUUCCUGCCGUAUCAUGCUGUGCGGAUACCGUACGUUCUGGCUCAGCUGGAUGUGAUCGCGGAUUUGCCGAGUCAGCAGUUGCUGCAUGUGUUAAAUGAGAGCACUUUGCUCUUGUCAACGCUAAACAGCUGUCUGGACCCUAUUAUAUACUAUUUCUUGUCCAGCUCGUACAGAAAAACCAUACUGUGCGCCAUUCAGGGCAAGUUCAAAAACAUGUACGCUUUAAACAGGAGGAGAAUCAGCAUCAACCGCUCGCUGACGGAGAUUUGA